AUGACCGUCUCUGAGUAUGACGUCGGUGCUCCUGCAGCACAGCUAAGAAACCUGGUGUAUGAGAUUGCUGUCGAAGAAUCUCAUACCCGAAAGGACAUCCUAUAUCGACCAAAAACCACGCCUCAUCAAGGAGGAUACCUUGGCCUUACUCAGGCGUGCCGUACAACUCGUACAGAGUUCAGACCGCUCUAUCUUGGACGCCAAACCGUGUCUAUCCACUUUGGCGAAGCCCAACUUUACCUUGACACCUUCUAUCCAUUCACGCAGACGGAUGCUGACGGUGUUUGUCUCGACAUCUUACUCCGGACUAGAAAAGAGCAUAAACGCGACUAUCCGACAGAACUGGGCCCUUUGUUGCGCAGAUUGCUGGGCAGUCCUCAGGUUCGCCUUUCGUUUCAGCAUACUGCCGCUAAUGAGGGAAUGUUUAAUAUCGUCUUUACCGAGCACGCCAUUGCCUGGAAAGAAGCUCUGCGAGUUGACAUCGAAAGCAUAUACACUCACCACGACCACUUUGGUAAUAUGCAGCUCACUUUCAAGCCAACUUCAACCCUACCUUGGCUUCCUAGGUCCCCAGAGGAUUCACUCAUGAUGAGUCAACUGCCCGAAGAGAGCGUCCCCUACUUCGAACAACUCGGUUUCGUGGACCCAUUCGAAAUACAAGGAGUUCGCAUAACCAAAGAAUGA